AGAGGCUGGCUCCGACGCCCGUCCUCUCGCACAAUCGGUAGAGCGGCGGAGCGCAGGUCGCGGUGCUUGGCUCAGCGCUGUUUCCCUGUCGGUGCCACUGCUCGCCUUCCGUCCACUCGACCAAGAGAACGAUCAGCUCCCUAAGCGCGUAGCCAGGCUAAGCUCUGCGAAUAAAAACAAACUGAAAACGUGACUACUUUUACCACUAGCUCGUCCAUUUGUCUUCAGGAGGAAGCCGUUGGUGCCGCAGAAUUAGCGGAAAAAUGUCGGCGAUGUCGCUCAUGCUGACUCGGGCCAGACCCACCGGGACAGCCGCCUUUCGGAACGCCUGCCUGGCGCCCUCUUUCGCUCGCCCCGCCCACGUCACGCGCUCGUCGCCCUGCAGCGCCUCCGUGAACAUCGAGGAUGUCGGCAAACAAAGCAGCUUCACGGAGAGUCUAGCUGAACAGCUAAACUUCGGCAACCACGCCUUCGCCUACAGCCACAAAACAAGCAAGGAGCUGCUGAGGGGCCUCGUUGUGCUUCACGCAUGUGCCGUAGACACGCUCGUCAACCACAGCUAUAAGUUGUUAACAUUUGGAGAGCGAAUGCUUGGGGAGAAACUACUCGGCUACGCAGUCGCGCCGUUCUACAACCAGUUCGUGGCGGGAGACAGUGAGGAGGAGAUGGCUGUCGUGAGCAGGAGCCUCGCCAGCGUCGGCGUCAGGCUGAUGGUGGCGCCCAUGCUGGAGACCGACGUGGGCGAGGGCCACGACCUGUGAGCCCGUCUUCUUUUCCCUUCUGCAUGCAUGACGUUCACCCGCUUAUGUUAACACACACACACACGCGGUAUCUAUGGCUAUAUAUGCACAUUUAAAUAUCGAUAGAUAGAC